AUGUCGAGAGCCAAGAGACUCAUGAAGGAGAUCCAGUCGGUAAAGGAUGACCCCGACGCCAACAUCUCCCUUGCCUUUGUGAGCGAGUCCGACAUCCAUCAUUUGAAAGGCACGUUCCUAGGCCCUCCGGGAACGCCCUACCACGGGGGCACGUUCAUUGUGGACAUCCAGGUGCCACUGGAGUACCCGUUCAAGCCGCCUAAAAUGCAGUUCGACACAAAGGUUUACCACCCGAACAUCUCGUCGGUGACCGGCGCUAUCUGCCUCGACAUCCUCAAGAAUUCCUGGUCGCCGGUGCUCACGUUGAAGACGUCGUUGAUUUCGCUCCAGGCCUUGCUCCAGUCGCCGGAGCCCAACGACCCACAAGACGCCGAGGUUGCCAAGCACUACCUCAGCGACCGAGCGUCCUUCGACAGGACCGCGGCGCUCUGGACUAAGACGUACGCCUCAGGGCAGACGGGCAAUGACGAGGAGGCACAGCUUUACGGUAUCGACAAGGGCCUUGUGGACACGCUUGUGGCCCAGGGCUUCGAGCGCGAGAAAGUCGUGCAGGCGCUACGCAGGCUUGGCAUCAAGACCAUGGACAAGGGCGAUAAUGAGAAAGCCAACAUAAUUUUGGAGGAGCUCUUGAAGUGA